AUGGUCGACUGGCUUUCGUUUUGUCUCCAUCAAUCUACUGCAGUCUUGUGUCGGAAUGGAAUCGCAAUUCCAUUGUCACAAGAAGAUAUGCCACGUUAUUUAGAUGAGAAGAAGAGAGUGGAAGAAUUAGGUGUGUAUACUGAAGAGGGGCAUCUCAACUGUGAGCUGGCGGUCAUGCGGGCCCUAGGAGGCUGGGCAUAUGGAGUUACCAAUCGAUGUGCUGGGAUUUGGCAUGUGGUAUCAAAUCAAGAAGCUGUCGGUGUUGCGAAUACCUGUGGGUGA